AAUUGAUGGAUAUCCAAACAUUGGCUCCCUCUUUGUCUGUAGCUUUGACCUUUCCAUGAUCCUCAACCUUGUAAAUACCGUCUCUUUGUACCGGGUCACCUUGUGCUCACCGUUUCAAUUGGGACGCGGUAAGCUUUUAGCGCCCGGUCAACUUUUGAAUUUGGUGGUACCUUGCGCUUUCAGUUGCACAGCAUCCAUUGGGAUGGAUCCAAGGGGCGUAUUAGCUUGUCUCCCUGUUAGUUUUCGAUUGAUGCACUGCCAGUUGGCACCUUUCAUCAUCACCAUCUCCCAAAUCAAACAGUUUCUUUGUUUCUUUUUCGGCAUUGUCUCUCCUUCCUCGCGCCCGCGCCGUAUAAUCAAUCCUGUUUGCUCUCUUUCCUUGCAUCUGCCAUCUUCCGUCUUAACCUUAUCUGCUAGCGUAACCGACCUAUUUCUUUCCUUUCAAGCUCUCUUUCACAUAACACCCACUCACUUGUGUACCCGGCAUCACCGCGAUUUCAUCACACAAUCGUCUCCUCUAGUGAUCGAAAUGUCAUAUCUCUUCAGAUAACGACGUCGGAUUAAACAAACAGGCUUUUCUGAGGCUCCGCACCUAUUGCUUGGGAGCUGACCCUUUCAGCUGGGGUAUACAUCUUGGCAUCUCAAACCCAGCGCAACCACUACGAUGCUUGACUCUAUCACAUCUCGCUGGAAAGAUCUUCGCGAGGAGCAUCCGCGCCUUAAUGCGGUCGCCACGCAGGCUGGGAGGCUGGUACCGCCCAUCAAUUUCAUAACCAUUCACUACGCCUAUUUCAUCUUCGGAUCCCUCUUCUUCUCACUUAUCUUCUGGCUAUCCAGCGAGCCAAGCCAGAGUAUCCCCUACGUCGAUUGUCUGUUCCUGGUUGUGUCUUCUUUUUGCGAUACAGGCCUCAAUACCGUCAAUCUUUCCGAAAUCACGACAUGGCAGCAGGUUCUGCUAUAUCUUCUUUUCAUCAUUGGAAGUGCUCUAUGGGUUUCAUUCUGGACGGUCAUGGCACGAAAGCAGGCGUUCGAGAAGCGUUUUGAGGAUAUCGUCAGGAUAGAACGAGAAGCAAGGAAACGGCGGGCCGCAUUGAGACGCGCCAAACCACUUGGGAGAUUCCUCCCUUUCACUAAAGCGAGGACAACACCUGUAUCAACCGAGACUUCUAAUACUCUAACUGGUCUUGGAACGGUUCAGAGGACAGCGACUGAGAAGCCUGACCCCAACGACUUGUUCAAGACAACUGCUCCUAUGCGCCGCGCCGUUACUGCCCCUCCAGAUUCUAUCUCCGACUCAGACGACAAUGAUAGCAAUACGACGCAGGUGGCAGCUCCUGCACGGAAUGCUCCUAUGACUCCAAACUCCGGCGACCAUAUCCAAUUCGCAGACAACUUGUCGCCCCGAAGCGCCGGCAGAGACAGCGUGUCCAUCUAUCGACGAAACGAGAACGUGGAACCCAACCGACGACCUUCAACCUCAGACUCAGUCAACAGCGACGAAUCAGAAGACUUUCUUCUGCACUGGAAGAAGAUCCUCGGGAGUCACAACACAAGCAAGAGAGGCCAAUUCUACGAUCUAUCAUCCGAUGAACGUGAGGCUUUGGGUGGCUGUGAGUAUCGCGCGCUGAAGAUCUUGGCCGUCACUGUUCCUUUUUACGCCUUCAUGUGGCAAGCUGUAUGUGGAAUUGCACUGGGUGCUUGGAUCAGCAUCAACCGGCCGUCGGCGGCAACCGCCAAUGCUAUCAACCCCUGGUGGUGCGGAAUCUUCUUGUCGUCUUCGGCAUUUAACAAUGCCGGCAUGUCACUCAAUGACGCAGGCAUGGGUGCAUUUCAGGAUGCGUAUUUUGUUCUCAUCGUCGUUGGUAUCCUUGUCCUUGCCGGGAAUACGGGCUAUCCACUGCUCUUGAGGUUCUUUCUCUGGUGUAGUCUUAGGGUAUUGCAACUGACCACCGAGCCCAAAACUCUGGGGCCAUGGAAAGAGACGAUCGAGUUCAUUCUCAAGUAUCCCCGUCGAGUAUACACGACACUCUUCCCGUCAGGUGCUACAUGGUGGCUCUUCACUGUCAUUGUUACCAUCAACACGAUUGACUGGGUUGCUUUUGAAGUUUUGAAUAUCGGAAAUGAUGUUGUAGAAGCUAUGCCAGUGUCUGACCGUAUCAUUGCUGGAUGGUUCCAAGCAAUUGCUGUUCGUGCUGCCGGUUUCGCGGUCGUUUCUAUCUCAGGUCUCUAUCCCGCCGUCCAAUUGCUCUACAUGAUUAUGAUGUACAUUUCCGUGUAUCCUGUCUCGAUUACGAUGCGCCACUCCAACGUUUAUGAGGAACGAUCCCUUGGCAUUUACGAGGAUGACCCUCAAGUUUUGGAAGCAGAGAAUGGAAACGGAAACGGAAAUGAGAAUGGAAACCACCUUCUGCCCACGAUCUCAGAGGAACCAGAAAAGCCUGCACUGCGACGAAGAGUCACAGCUGCAGCUCAAAAGACGGUCAAGAAAUCCAUGACUUUCCAUGGCGUUGGCGUGCGACCUCCGCCCAAAGGUCCAGACGAUAACUCUCGCAUCUCUUUCAUUGGACAGCAGAUUCGUGGACAGCUUGCUCACGAUAUGUGGUGGCUUAUCCUCCCGGUCAUCGUUAUCAUGAUCAUCGAGACCGACCAUUUCCUUGAACAACCUCUUGUUUACAGUGUUUUUAAUGUGUUGUUUGAGGUCGUUUCGGCUUAUGGGUGCGUUGGUUUGUCCAUGGGCUUACCAGGAAAAAGCUACAGCAUGGCUGGAGGCAUGCACCGAGGCAGCAAGUUUGUGUUGUGCUUGGUGAUCCUCAGAGGCCGACAUCGAGGUCUCCCUGUUGCGCUUGACAAGGCUGUUAGAUUGCCAGGAGAGAAGUUGGUACGUGAAGAGGAAGAAGACUCGAAGAUCAGAAGGACAAAGACGAUGAAUAGGAUAGCUAGCCGAGAGUCUAGAGUCAUGUAAAGUUGCACAUCGCAUGUAUACGGGCCAGGCGUUCACGGAUUUGGAAACACGAUAGAUUUGGGUUGACCAACGGAAAUGCAAAACAACGUUAGACGAAUAUUUAGACAAUGUUAUAUCAUAGACCUGUUUGCAUCAUUCAUUCAUCAAAUUCAUAUCAUUUACACUAUCCAAAGAACAGCUGUCUCUGCUUCGGAUCAGGCACCUUCGGCCUCCCUCUCUUCUUCUCUGUCGUCCGUGGCUUCUUGAUUUCGGGCGUUGGGUCACGUUUUAUUGACGGGCCAUCUGCCUGUACAGCCUCACGAAUUGUCUGCCUCGAUAGGCAAAGGUCUAUAUGUUCAUUGAAGUGCCGCUCAUCGGCCGCUUGCGGUCUGCUGCAGAUGGGACAGUCCCACCACUGCUCCUCUGCAGCGUUCUCUUUUGUAGGAUUAGGGGCGAUCUCCUUGCCGUGUCUUCGGCCUAGUGAUUGAUCUGGAGAGUCCUGGUUACUAGAAGAGCCCUCAAGCAGGCCAUCCGGGUCGUCAAGUUGAAGAUCGGCUCCUGGCCACUGUUCCCAUUCUCCGUCAUCAUCACUCGCUUUUCUUUUCAGGGUUCCGUCUUGCGGGCGGUCUUCUGAGUCUGUCCUUCGGGGCCGAAAGCCGAAGAAGGCCAUGGCAUCAGGUUUUUUGGUACUGACGAGAUGUGUGCAUCUCAAACCCAUCAACCGAAGUUUCAUGCUGGGCAUUUCUUGUUCCAGCUUGGUGAGAAUAGGCAGAGCGUAGUUGUAUAGGUCGUCUGCAAGGCAUAUAGCUCUUGGAAGGACGACCUGCCGAGUGAGGACCUCGAACGUGUGAAGUUUAACUUUAAGACAGAGUGUACGGCCUUUACACUCAGCGCGCUUCAUGUCCUGCUCCAACUCCUCCGCUGUUGCUCGUAAUUUUUCUCUCAGCUGUGUAGGAUCCGACAUAUCGCGGAAUGUACUCUCAGUGCCAACGCUUUUGCGCUCAUACUCUUCUGCUGGCUGAAUUUUGGUGCGACCAAGACCUAAGUAGCAUGUGAACAGGAACUCUGAGGUUUUGUCACCAAACAGUGGGUUGAGAUAUUGUCGGUGCUCGUAGAAAUCACCACAAGUCUUGAUACCAAUCUCUAGCAGUUCUCUCUCGAGGACCCUCCCUAUACCAUUGACUUUCCGGGUAGGUAGGUCGCGCAUGAAGGCCAUGAUUGUUGGCCGAUCGCUAGAUAAAACGUAUUGCCCAUUGGGCUUGUUCAUGUUUGAACAGAUCUUUGCGAGUUUGGCGUUAGCAGCAAUGCCAGCAGAGACAGUGAUAUUUGUCUUCUCAUGGAUUUCUCGCCGCAUGUGUUCAACGGCCUCCGCUGGGUCCAUCUGGUGUUCCUGGCAGUAUUCGGUGAUGUUUAAGUAUGCCUCAUCGAUACUAGCGCUCUCGAACCGGGGAUCGUAGUUGACCAGAACUUCUCUCACCUCAUGCGCUUUUGCAUUGUAUUUCUGAAAGUUUGGCUUUAGCAAGAUCAAGCUUGGGCAUAAUUUCUUGGCCACAAAGCCAGCCAUGCCUGAUCGGCAGCCGAACUUGCGCGCAACAUAAUUGCAAGUGGUCAAAACGCCGCCACCAACUGCGAAAGGGAGGUCUUUUAUUUCCGGGCGAUCAAGUUGCUCGACAGCUGCGUAGAAUGCAUCACAGUCCACAUGAACGAUGUGCUGAGUGAGGUCGCGAGUGAGUUCAAGUUCGGCAAUGAGACGGUCUGCAUUGCGCAAGUCCCGAGUCAGAUCCCUCUUCUCGAGUUGAGCCUUUCGCGCGAUAAUUUGUUCGAUCUUCUGGGUGAGGACCUUGUCUCGUUCUUCUUCGCGAUUGAAGAAUUUGGAUCCUUUGGAAGCGUUGUAGAUGAUUUCAGAAACCUU